ACGCCCAAGUUGAAUUUACGAGACUACAUUAAUGUUAACGACAUUUUUUUGUGGCUUCAUCACCAAUACAGGGAAAUUUUUCGCCCAUUUAUUUUGUUCUCAAUUAACAAUGAUUUUAUUUCUUAACUAUCAAUUUUAUUAGGCGGUGCUAUUCGAGGCCUUUUUUCGUUUUAAGUUGAUAAACGAAAGUUGAUACGGAACAGCUUGUAUGUUCUAUUGUAUUUGUCUAAUUGAUGUACCGUCAUGAAAACGCAUCUCGUAGUUUCAUGAAAGGUGGUUAAGCUCAUUUUAAUACAAUACCUUUUCCAUUCGUAUAUGAUCUGUGCAGACAGAUGAUCUGUAAUAUAAUAUCGUUCAUAUCCGUAAGGUUAGUUCAAUUAAAGGUAAUGGACAGGCAAUGUUAACGCGAAGCUAUAGAGAAGGUAUAAAAGCAAACUUGCAAAUCAACAUUGUCACAUUUUCAACGUCCUUGGAAUACAUGAUCGAGAUAGACAUCAGAUACUGAGGAAGGAGUCGUUUUUCAAAACGACGAAAGAAAAAGAUGUCACAAAAUGUUAGCUUGGAACUACCCAGCAGCAACAUGUCUGCAGUAUUGGAAUACCCCAAAGGUCACAACAGCACCGUUCAAGAUUGCCUUGGGAGAGAUUCCUCUAUGGAAGUGUUUUUUAAAGUAGCGGCCUAUUUUUUCAUCCUAGUGGUCUCGUUGAUGGGAAAUCUCUUGGUUCUUAUCGUUAUUUAUACCAACAGGCAGUUACGAACAUCGAUUAAUUACUUUGUUUUCAACAUGGCUGUAUCCGACCUGUUCACCCCUUUGACCAUCAUGCCAGUCCGAAUCGUUCAGAUAAUUUCAGGCUCUGAUGCUUGGAAGGUUGAUAGUCCGUGGAUACUGGGAGUCAUCUUGUGCAAACUUGCUUACUUUCUUCCUGACGUCUCUCUUGUUGUUUCCAUCGAAAGCCUCCUGUUGAUAUCAAUGGACAGGUUCGUCGCUGUUGUUUUCCCUUUAAGAGCCAAACUCAUCACCGCAAAAGCACGUUUCAUCUGUAUCGGAUGCACAUGGAUUACCGCCAUUGCAGUUCAUGCACCUUAUUUUUACACUUUCAGAUUAUUUUCUGACAAUGACAAUGUAGCACAUUGCAGUUCAACUUGGGCACCGGCUUUUGACCAUGUAGAAACAACCAAGAGAUUCAUCACGGCAACUUUUAUUACUUUCAUCCUUCUCCCUAUUUGUCUUCUGGCCAUUGUGUAUGUCACCAUAGCGUGGAAGUUGAAAACGAAUAUCAAACGUACUGAGCUGGAACUAUCAUGUGUCCGACUCCAUCGAGCUCGAAAGGUCAGAGACACCAUUAGAAUGUCAGUGGCGAUAAUAAGUGCUUUUCUCGUUUGCAUGAUACCACUGGUUGUGUACCUGUUCACAUUAGUUUUUCUGUGGAAUUGGAAUGCCUCACCCAUUUGUGCAUUUCGAGAUGUGAUUCCAUUCAUUGCUCAAUUUAUGCUUCAUUCUUGGAGCGCUGUAAAUCCUUGCAUAUGUUUGACAUGUAUUAAGAUGUACCGCAGUAGUCUUGGAAGAAUUCUGCCGUUGAGAGAGACUGGCAAAGCGAACAGACAAACGGGAACCUCCCGUUGUUCCUUGAAUCGAGCGACAUCUGUCAGAGAGCAUCGCUGAAACGUUGUUACGAGACGCAAGGAAAAUAGAUUCACGUUAUCGCUAUUAAUAAAUAGCCUAAAGAUAAAAAAGUAAUCAAUUAUAAGUGUUCAAGACAGUUCGUAUUGUGUCCGCCUUAGCGUUCUUCCUUGCUUCAGUUGUUCAUGGCCAUAUAUAUUUCCUAAUCAAAAUAAAAGGGAAAUCCUGCUUUAACCAGCUACUUGGAAAACCCAGAAAAACUUGACUACUCGGUGAGAUGUCAUUUUGCGUCACAGCGUUAAUUGCCUCCGUCGUUUAAGCAAUGAACAGUGGUCUGUUCUGUUGAGCUAUUUUCGAUAAACUAGAGAGAAGCCAUUACUUACAAUGAAGAAAAAAGGACUGUCACACCGAUACACAAGGCUUGUUGGCAGAUGCUUACAUAAUGAUGUCAAAAUAACUACCUACGUAGUUUAGUUAUAGCCCCCCGAGAGGUUGUUGACUUUUAAGUUUGUUUACUGAACGUGACAUCAAUAUCUGCAAUUUCGGGCAAAAAUUCACUCUUACUAAAGCGACUCGCCUGUAGUUGGCAUACGGAUCAUAAACAUCCAUAAGAAAGGCUCUGGCAGUCCUCAAGAUUACUUCCCACCUUUGAGGGUGGAAAAAAAUCAGUUAGAUCGUAAUAUCAUCUCCGUAUAUAAACAGUGUUCCCGAAGUGACAGAAGAUGGUAGACCGUUGGUAUAAAUAGUGUAAAGAGCGACAGCCCUAGCACGGAUUCCUGAGGAAUACCAAAAGACACAGGUUGAGAAUCGGACUGGGUUUCAUUAAUUAAGUACAGUGUAUUGUAGCCCUGGAUUGUUGCCAGUCACGGAACGUGCUGGUUAUGCUAAAAUAUCAGCUGACUCGUACUCGGUCGCUAUUUUACUGUUGAGAUUGGAUUGUUUCAAAGAAAAAGCGGGCUGAAUCGAGUGGAGCGCGCGGGGAGUUAUGAAAAGAGAAGAGAGUAUUAUUUUUCCUUUGACCUUUCCCAUGAUGCCUCGCGCACCCUAAUCCACCCUAGUAUCCAAUCUUCUCUACCCCGAAAACAUGUAAAUAGUGACUGGGUACGAGUCUGCUAAAGUUGGGUUCAGUUUCCUCUUUAUACAUCGGAAGAAACUGUCGACCAAGCUUGUUCGAUUUUAUUAAGCUUUUAUUAAGCUUCUAUUUUCGACUGGACUGGCGAUUGCAUUUACAUACAGAAAAUCAAGAUCAAUAUUUUAGGAAUGAAAAAGAACAAUUCGCCUUCAAAAAACCAUUGUAACGUUUAUUAUUAGACAUGAAACCAAAAAUAUAGAGCCAUCUUGGCCGAACAAGCUUGGUCAACUAAAGUAUAUUUAUGUGGCAUAAAUAAACAGCCAAUAGUCCCGAGCGAGGAAGAAAGCGCUAUCUUGCCCGCUCGGGUGGCUAAUAACAGCUCAGGGUUUGGCUCAUCUAGCACGCUCAUGGAGCUUGCCAUAUAAUAAAUAUCGUAAAUGAAUAGCCGGUAUGAGAUGAAUAUUGUAUACCUUAAAAUGAGGAUGGACUGCACCUUUCGUGAAAGGAUAUUCAAAUUCCUUCAAGAGAUUAAAGUAACAAAAGAAAUGUCGGUUACUCUGAUAAAGAAAACACCUGCUAGUAAUAUGUUUGAAGUGAUCUAACUCUAACUCUGAAUCAAUUUAUUCGUAUUAGUUCUUAAUAUAUUCGUAUUAGUUUUUAGUUAGGUAUUCUCUCUGCUAUAUACUUUAAGACUUGAUAAAGAAAUUUCAUUCAUUCAUUCAUUCAUUCGUCUGUCAACGGGAAGGUUAGCAUGUUUCAUCUUAGCCCAGCUAUUUUUGCGCCAGACCACCAGCAUGGAAGGAUCUAAAUAUCUCCAGGCAAAUGGCACGCUGAGUAUAUUCAGGAUGUUAUCGAAGGACGUCAAAUACAAAAGAUGAAUAGCAACUUCGAUUCAAACAACAUUUUACGGUGCAAAAGCUUUUCAGAGGACAGAAUGCCGAAUUAUCUGACAAAAAAAAAAAAACAGGUUAGGUGAAGUUCCACCUUAAUUUUCCAAAAAGUCGAGGAUAUCAGAAAACAAAAAGAAGAACUAUAAAACCCAAGCAAAAUAAUAUGAUAUAUAAAUAGAGAAGAUCAAAACGGAAAGUCAGUGAAACAAAUAUAUAUUAAAAUCUUAGGGUGUGUGACGCCAAAAAAAAAAACAAAAAACAAAAAAACAAUGGCACUGUCUACAAAUUAAAGGGUUAUGUGUCUUCUGGUAUAAAUCCCUUUCAUUCAAGUUGAUUGCUUACGUAAG